CCUGUGAAAGAAUUUAGAAUUGAGGUUAUGUUGCCUUGUUCAUCUUGUCAUGAGCAUGAGUUACUUCUUGAUUUUACAAGUGAAUGAACUUUAAAGAUAUUUCUGAAAUCUCAAAUAGAAAAGCUCUUUUAUUAUUUCUGAUCAAUGAAUGUUGUUUUUGAUAGUUCAAAAUGUUGUAUAUAAUUGGUCUAGGUCUGGGAGAUGAGAAAGACAUUACUUACAAAGGACUAGAAGCUGUGAAGAAAGCAAAUCGAGUUUAUUUAGAAGAAUACACAUCGAUUCUCACCGUUGGAAAACGUGCUCUGGAGGCGUUCUACGAGCGAGACGAUCUGAUAGUGGCGGAUCGAGAGCUGGUGGAGCAAGGAGAUGAGAUUUUGCGCGACGCCGAUUGUGCCGACGUGGCGCUUCUGGUGGUCGGUGACCCGUUUGGCGCCACCACUCACACAGACCUUGCCCUCCGCGCCAAAAAGGCCGGCAUACGCUGUCAGAUCAUUCACAAUGCAUCAAUCAUGAAUGCAAUCGGAUGCACUGGUUUACAGUUAUACAGUUUUGGGGAAACAGUGUCCAUACCCUUUUGGACAGAGACUUGGCAGCCGGACAGUUUUUACGAUAAAAUAAUAGGAAAUCUGAGUAGAGGUCUUCACACCUUGUGUCUCCUUGAUAUUAAAGUGAAAGAGCCAACUCUGGAGAGUUUAGUGAAGAAGAAGAGGGAGUACGAGCCACCUCGUUUUAUGACUGUCAACCAGGCUGCGAGUCAGCUGCUGCAAAUUAUUCAACGCAAAGAAUCGUCACAAUUGUCACCGGAAAAAUGUCUAAGUGCUGAUAGCAUUUGUAUAGCAGUGUGCAGAGUUGGGAGCAGUGAUCAGAAAAUGACGUCUACAACCCUGCAAAAGGUCACAGCCCUUGAGAUGGGACCUCCUCUUCACUCUUUGGUCAUUGCUGGCACUCUACAUCCUCUAGAAGAAGAGUAUAUUUCUGAAUUUUCAUUGUGACAAAUUGAAUAAAACUUUAUUCUUUGAAAAAUUC